GGGAGAGGUUGGGAGAGUCACCGAACCGAAGGCCUUGGGCAGUGGGCGCCUAGGUCGCAGCACGGGAGCCAGCGAGGGCCUAGUGCUGACGGCGGCCUUUGAUCUACGCGGUGUGUGGACGGAUAGCUGACCCAGGUGUGUUGACGCCAAUGGCAGCCAUGGGGCCACCCACCCGGGGCUCAGUGGAAAUGGAAGAGGUAACUUCCGAGUCUGCAGACAGGAGGAGAUGAAGGAAGAUUGUCCACACAGUUCUCAAGUGCCUAUCAGUGACAGCAAAUCCAUCCUAAAGUCAGAGCUCUUAACCCUGCUGAAAACCUACAACUGCUACCAUGAGGGCAGAAGCUUUCAGCUGAGGCACCAAGAGGAAGAAGGAGCUCUGAUCAUCGAGGGGCUCCUCAACAUUGCCUGGGGUCUGAGGCGGCCCAUCUGGCUUCAGAUACAGGACGACAGGGAGCCAGUGUACCACUCCUCAGCGUCAUUGGUGCCUGGACAGUCCAGCUACCACUUAAAGAAACCACCUCUUAAGGAUGGCAGGGUCUCUGCCCAGAAGCCAAGCAUUCAGCCCUCAGAGCACAGGGCUGAGAGUUCCAGAGACAGCUCAGAGCCCCUGGAGGAGGACAAGGAGGUCCCACAGCUGAUGCAUACCAAAAGUGAUGCAGGCUGUGUGAUCCAGAGGAGGCCCAGGUGCUGCACGCCCAGCGAGACCCAGAGGAUCUGGCAACACCGGUUCUCUAUCAGUGGACACUUUUACAACCACAAGACCUCCAUAUUUACUCCUGCGUAUGGGUCCGUGACCAAUGUGAGGGUCAACAGCACCAUGACUACCCUAAAGGUGCUCACCCUGCUGCUGAACAAGUUCCGAGUGAAAAAUAGCCCCAGUGAGUUUGCCCUCUACAUUGUUCGUGAGUCCGGGGAGCGGACAAAAUUAAAAGACUGUGAGUACCCACUAAUUUCCAGAAUCCUGCAUGGGCCAUGUGAGAAAAUUGCCAGGAUAUUUCUGAUGGAAGCCGACUUGGGAGAGGAAGUUCCCCAUGAUGUUGCUCAGUACAUUAAGUUUGAAAUGCCGGUGCUGGACAGUUUUGUUGAAAAAUUAAAAGAAGAGGAGCAAAGAGAAAUAAUCAAACUGACCAUGAAGUUCCAAGCCCUGCGUCUGACGAUGCUGCAGCACCUGGAGCAGCUGGUAGAGGCCAAGUAGACAGCCAUCGCCUCCCUCUUCCAAGGCCAGCAGCCAGUGUAUACUGAGUGCCAGUGACCAGGCCCUGAUUGACAGCCACCACCUGAGGAAUCCAGCACCUAUGCUUCCACCUGCCCAUCUGCCUAAGUCCCAUAAGUCUCAUAUUCCUGGCUCUUGGCUCCACAGUGAAUGCUUACAGGACCCAGACACAGGCAUGAGCAGCAGGAACUGGCAGCAAACAGCCCUGACUCUGGCACCAGCCACAUUAUGUGGCUGGAUAACAUGAGUAGCUCUGUUCACACCCCACCACUCCUGAUUAGGAGAGCAGUAACCUACCCAAGCCCCUGGAGGGUGGGCUCCAUCUGUUUUCCUGGUUUCUGCCUCAGAACUCCCUCAGGGCCAUGGUCCAUGUCCUCAUGGGCCAGAUGAACCAUGAGAUCCCUGUCUGUCUUCACUUCAUGCUGCCAUACAUGACUUCUGCUGGGAAAAACAGGCUGCCUGCAGGUAUGGAAUAUGCCCUGCUCCCAGCCAUCACUUCACCAUGGCCUCCAAGCAUCUGAUAUCACCCAUGAGCCUCACACAGCCCAGCACCUCAGAGGUGGAGGCCAGACAAGGAAUAAGACCAUAAGUAUUGUGUCUUCUCUCUGCAGCACUAACAACUUCUUCAGCCAUUCCUGAAGGAAUUCUUAUAAGGAACUCACUGCAAAAAAAACAUGCCAAUUUGAUCACAUGGAGGAGGUGGCCCAUGUAGUAUUAAAAAUAUGACAUCCCAUUUGGGCAAUAGUCCAGGGUCCAGCAGCUGCCUGGCAGCAGCUCAAGAAGGCAGUGAUCACUCCUUAUGUCCACUGCCCCUCUCUAGGCUGUGUCCCUCUGCUCUCAGUACUUCCUGUCAAAGGGGUGCAAUAAGGAGAAAUGUCAGUUUGAAGAGAAAUGGCUUUGAAUUCCCUGGGUCUGUAUACUGAACAAUUUGGGUUUGUCAGCUGAUGGAAAAUUUCUAAACCAAAUAAGAAGUCCUUUGCAAAAUUAUGCAGCAGAUUACAUUAGUCAUGUAUUUGUCAGCAAGCUGAAGACCAAAUUCUUUUUCCAUUGUGGCCUGUAGAUAGCAUACAUAAAGGGGAAGAAUCACAAUAGCUUCCAAUAUGGGUGGGAUUCCAUCUCUGUUUCCAGUAGUGUCUCCUCACUGGCACCCAUGAAGAGCAGAGAUUGGGGGCUGCCAUGCUGUGUAGACCCACUGUUCAGGGUAAACUCUAGGUAGGAUAUGUCCUGCCAUCUUCAUUGUCACAGAGGCAUGCAGAGAGGUACAGGGUUGCCCUGCCACAGUUUCUGUUGUCUGCCUCCUAUGAUAGCACAGUUUCCUAGGCGCUCAAUAAGGGUGUGCUCUACUAAAUGGAAGGAGUCAGGACCAAGCUUUCUUCUCAUUUAUGUGUGUCUCCCCUAAGCCCCAGCUAUAAUUUCUGAAACUCCUACCCUGCACAAUAUAUAGCUGAAUUUGGCAGAUGAGCCAGAGUGGAGCCCCAAGUCUGCUCUUAACACUGACCUAACUCCUUCAUUUCUGUGCACAUCCUGGGGAUUGGUGUGGGACCUGAGGACAGAGGCAACCACAGGGCAUGGAGGAGGAAUCAUUGGUGGCAGUCUAUGGGUGGCCUGGACAGUAAACAACAGAGACACUCCAAAUCACAGAUUCUCAACAUCAGGAAUCUUCCAGGUAGGGGCUCAGGUGGGAUGGCGGCAAGGCUUAGAAGAGGGUAGAAAGCAGCCCCCCCCCCAAGUCAUUUUACUUCCCAGCCCAUAUUUACAAUCUCGGGAUAGCUACCAUCCAUUGUUCAGCAGUAAUUGAGUGACUACCUUGUACAAGGCCUCUGCCCAGCCCUGGAGGGACAAAGACAGAACCACACUCCAUGGCAUGUUCAGGGUUCUCACCAGGAGAAGCAGCAAGACACCCUGAGGGUCAGGGACCAGUAGAGGAAAGAACCAGUGAAAGUUCCUGGAAGGGGGCCUAAGGCUGAACCUGAGUAAUUAAGACUAUGUGUAGAAUUCCAGCUCAAGAGACAUCUGCCAGUAUAAGCAGACCAGGGGCUGGCACAUAGGAUGCUAUGGAAUCAGGAACCCUUCUGUGAGCACUCACCAUUUUUUUGUUGUUGUUUAUUUUUGAGUGAUGGUGAGGGUGGAAGGUUUUUUUUGCAAUUUUUACAAUAUUAUUUAAUCAUUGUCUAGAUAAGUGUCACUUUAAAAUAGACACCACUGGUUAACUUUUUAAAAUCAUUUUUUAUUGUUCAAUUACAGUUGUCUCCAUUUUCCCACCACUUUCCCACGUCCUACCACCCCUACCUCCCACCCUCCAUCCUCCCCCCACUUUGGCUUUGUCAUUGGGUCCAUUACACAUGUUGCUUGACGACUCUUUCGCUUCUUUCUCCCAUUAUCUCCUUCCCCCCUCCCUCUGGUUACUGUCAGUGUGUUCAUUAUUUCAAUGUCUCUGGUUACAUUCUGCUUGCUUGUUUGUUUUAUUGAUUAGGUUCCACUUAUAGGUGAGAUCAUAUGGUAAUUAUCUUUCACCGCCUGUCUAACUUCACUUAGCGUAAUGCUCUCCAGUUCCAUCCAUGUUGUUGCAAAGGGUAGGAGCUCCUUUCUGCUGCAUAGAAUUCCAUCGUGUACAUGUACCACAGUGUUUUGAUCCCCUCAUUUACUGAUGGGCACUUAGGUUGCUUCCAGCACUUGGCUAUUGUAAAUUGUGCUGCUAUGAAUAUUGAGUGCAUAGGUUCUUUGGAAUUGGUGUUUCAGUGUUCUUAGGUUAUAAUUUCAGCAGUGGAAUUGCCAUUCCAGCAGUGGAAUGGCAGUUCCAUUUUUAGUUUUCUGAGUAAAUUUAUACUGUUUUCCACAGUGGCUGCACCAGUCUGCAUUCCCACCAACAGUGCACUAGGGUUCCCUUUUCUCUACAGCCUUGGCAGCACUUAUUACUUGUUGAUUUGUUUAUGAUGGCCAUUCUGAUUGGUAUGAAGUUGUGUCUCAUUAUGGUUUUAACUUGCAUUUCUCUGAUGGCUCAUGAUGCUGAGCAUCCUUUCAUAGGUCUCUGGGCCCUCUGUAUGACCUCCUUGGAGAAAUGUCUGUAUAUGUCAUUGGUAUUUUGAUAGGGAUUAUGUUGAAACUAUAAAUUACUUAGGUAGUGUGGACAUUUUGGUGAUGUUAAUUCCUCCAGUCCAUGAACAUGGUAUGUGCUUCCAUUUGUUUGUGUCUUCCUGAAUUUCUUUCUUCAGUGUUGUAUAGUUUUCUGAGUACAGGUCUUUGACCUCCUUGGUUAAGUUUAUUCCUAGGUACUUUGUUUUUCUUGUUGCUAUAGCAAAUGGGAUUUUUUUCCUGAUUUCAUUGUUGGUAUACAAAAAUGCCUUUGAUUUCUGAAUAUUGACUUUGUAUCCUGCUGUUUUGCCAAAUUCACUUAUUAGGUCAAAUAGUUUUUGGUGAAGUCUAUAGAAUUUUCUAGGUACAUUAUCAUGUAAUCUGCAAACAGUGACAGUUUUACUUUCUUUUUUCUAAUUUGGAUGACUCAAAACAUCUGAAUAUCAUAGCUAAGAAACUCACUAGCACAAGAAAAGGGAAGAUGUACAGGAAAGGGGAAAUGUCCACUUCUACCAUAACCUUGGGGUCUACCAAUCCUUUUUAUCAAUGUUGUAAUUGUUCUCAGAGGGAAUUUGAAAAUCUGCUUAAUUCAGCUCACUAUGAUACCAGUUUCAAACUUUUCUCCACAAGGUUCUAUGGGAGCUCCAGGUUCCUCUCUCCACAGAUUAUACAGUAUUUCUCAGAUGCUCCUUUACUAACUAGUAUCUCAGGUAAUAAAUGUACCCAAGAUAAAGUAAAGAUUCCUUUGAGACCAUGUCCUCUCCUAAAAUAGGACUGUCUUCCCAGGCCAGAGCUUAGGCACCAGAAAAAAAUAAUUAACACAUGAUGAAAUCAACAUGAUUGCAAAAGAAAAAUUGGACUCAGGAAGAACAGGGUGGUUUGGCCAGAACGAAUAGAAGACAAAAACACCUUGUUUUUCCCAUGGUGGCAACCACAUGCUACCUUGCCUGGGAUGUUAACCAGAAAAUGGAUUAAAGACCCCCCACUGUCAAAAGAGCCCUUCACCCAGGAACACCUGGCCCCCUAGUCUCAGGAAAUAAAGCACAGGGAUUAUCUAGUCUUACCAGGUGAUUUGUGGAGGACCCAGCAAGCCACAAUAUGCCCUGUGCGGGCAGGAACAUAGGUGGCCUGCAGUUGCAAAGUAGGAGCAGGAUAUCCUUGGCAGGUGUCCUGGUGGGAAGCAGCCUCCUCUCACCCCCACCAUGUUCAGGCAGGAGAUGCAGUCAAAACCAACCUGUUCCAAGUGUACAAACAGCUGAAAGCACACACCAUAUUUAGACCCCACAAGCCAAAGUUGUUUGGGAGCAAGCCAACUGCUGACCUGUUCCUGGACUCACAGUUCACAGGGUGGGGCUCUGCUUCCACCUGGCUGGACUUCUGAGAUGUUUUCUGCAAACCUAGACAGUUCAAGAAUUUCCUUUCCCAGACAACUCAGAGGAAACAAAAAGCAAAGCCUCAGGCUUGGUGGACAGAACCAUUGUAAGGGUGUUUUCAUGGUAAAUGAGCUACUCUUGUUACUGCAUUUGGGCCACACAUGUGACUAGCAUCCUUUGCAUUGUUUCCAAAUGAAGACCCAAGGCAGCAGAGCACCCAUUUGAACAAGUGUUUCUGUGUGUAUGUGUGCGCACAUGUGUGUCCAUGCAAAGGAGUGGGGAUGCAGAGAAUGAAACCAUAGUAAAAGGAAAGUUUCUUACCAGGUUUUUUCUCAUCCCGGAAGCCUCUUCAUCGAAUGAGUCAUUAAAAUACGACAGGACUAAGCGACACACUGCUGGGUACUGUUUCCAGAGGAGCACCAGUCAUCAAGGUGUCUGGUCUCAGUCCAGUUUCCCUAGACGGAUUUGCAGUUAGGAGGAGGUGGUAGCAUAACCUGUCUUUGCUGCCCUGACCAUCCAUCCCUUCCGUUCUCUCCCCCAUUGUCUGUGUGUUUUGUAAACGUGUGCCCAUUUUUAAUAAUUUAAUUUGUUUAAAAGUAACCUGGAACCCUAUUUAUGAGGUACUAUUAGGUAGAAGUUAAAAGUAAAACCUGGCUAUGCCAUAUGAGUGUGGGACCUUAGGCAAGUUACAAGCUUCCAUUUUCUCAUCUGUAAAAUGAGGAUAAUAACUUCCUAUCUCUUAAUAGUUGUGGGAGUUAUAUCAGUCAGCUUUGCUGCAGGAAUAAAUAACACCAAAAAUCUCAGUGACUACAACUAGAGCACAGGUGGCAAACACAAGGCCCACAGGCCAAAACCUGCCCUCCACCUUGUUUUAUCUGACCAGCGCUUUGUUUCUAUCCAGGAGCAGCCCCUAGUUAAGGAGUGGUUACAUUUAUACAGUCUUAAAAUUACAUUUGGCCUUUUGGAGUCAAAUGUGAGGCUGAUGUGGCCCCUGGUACAAAUGAGUUUGACACUCCUGAACUAGAGCAUUUCCAUGUUACAAUUGGCUAUAGGUGACUACAGGUAGUCAUACGUAUCUCUACUCCAUGUGUCUUCUCUCUUGGGCCCUAGACUGAAGGAGCAGCCCCUACUUGGGAAACAGUAUUCUCAAGGCAGAAGGAAAGAACAGGGUGAUGGCAGAAACAGUGAUUCAAAGCUUUCCUAAGGGACAUGAUAUCUUUGUGUCUACUCAUAUGCAGUUGGCCAAUCAAUGCUAUCCACACAUAAAGUCAACAUUAGUGGAAUGAGUUGACACUCACUAGGAGGCGCUGAAAGUCACACAGCAAUAAGCAAAGAUGUAAAAUCCAAGAAGGAUACAGCGUAUGCUCAGGAACCAUACCACAGGAAUAUUUCUGAGGAAUGAGAAACUACAAGUGCUUCAAACAGUGCCUGACAUAAAAUAAACAUUCGGUAUUGACUAUUAUUUACUAAUAAAUAGAAGGUAUAAAAAACCCUGCCUGUUUUCUCCCUCUCCUUUUUCUCUGUAAUCUUCCCACUCCUUCCCACCCCGUGUCCUUUUCUGUCUCUUGUGUCUCUCCAUGCCUACCUCCUACUCUGUCCACUUUUGGCUACUCACACACCUUUAUUUCAUUAUUUUCAUCACUCUCCUUUUUAAAAUUUGUUUCUUUACCCAUUUCUCUACUUCUCUAAUCUACACAUCUCUGGACCUUCUAUAGUGGGCCCAGUUGUUUUCAGGUACAGGAAAAAGGCAUAAUCCACCUUUAUAUAGGUCAUGAAAAGAGUUAAGUUUUAAUUAAUGCCUGUCUUACUAACUAAAUGUUUUUUAGUAUAUUUUACCAUAUUUUAAUGUACAUAGAACAAAGCACCCAAGCAGGUCACUUUUGUUCUUGAAACUGUCAAGUGAUGGUGCCACUUUUUUCAGUGCCAACAGCUCAAUGUUGUUAUAGCUCAAUCAUGAAGCAGCAUAGCUAUGGAACAACUCAGCUGCAAGGUAGCCCUGGGGUUAGAGAGCUCUGCUCUGCUCCCUUCUGCUGCCACAGCAAGACUUUUUCAGUGUUUCUUCACACCAGUAGAAGAAACAAGGCCUCUGUCUUCAGUGGAAAGGAGCACUGUGUUCCCCAGCCAGCGGGGAGCUGACUUAUUUAAAUAGAAGUCUCCACCUCUGGUCCCUGAUUGGUCUGUCCUCAUGCAAAUGAGGACUUUAAUUCCUUGUAGUUUGAUUGGUCUAAAAAGCAUUGUCUUGAUUGAUCAAAAUGGAACUGCUAUAAUUUGUCAGUGAAGAUAUCGAUGGGGGAGGAGGAAUAGAGCUACACAGCUCUGAUUGGAUUAAGGAAAGGCCUCAGUCCUAUUGGUUGAAAUACAAUUCCAGCAACUCCCAUAUAAGGGCUGGCUCAGAAGUCAGGAAUACAAUGCAGGCAGGCAGUUCAGGGCAGGCUUCUCUCUGAAGUAUGGCUUGCAUGAAAGGCCCCUGUUUAGAAAGGGCUGCUAGGCCUGCUUUCAAAUUUGAGCCCAGUUAGCUGACUUGAACGCUUGUCGGUAGGUAACUUCUUUCUUAGGAUCCACACAACUUAUCCUAAGCUGUCUCUGACCAUUGCCCACUACUCCACUCCCUCCAACUACCAGUAUCAACACUUCUAAUAAUAAUUUAAUAAAAGUAACAGCAGUGCCUCUUAUUUAUGUUAUGCACUGUGCUAAGUCACUUACAGUACCUCAUUUAAUCUUUGCAGUAUCAUUUAAUCAGUCUAGCUAUUAUCUGGAUUAUAGAGUUGAUAUGCCUUGUCUAGGCCUUAAUCAGUUUCAUGCUUUCCCACUUGGAAAGCAGAAAACCCCAGGUGGAGCUAAUCUGGCUUCUACCAUCAACUAGCAGUACUACCUCAGGCAAGUCUCCCUCUCUCAGCCUCCUUUUACUGGUCUGUAAGAAAAAUAUGAUUCCUGCAUUGUGAGAUUAUAACAAAGAUGAAUGACAAGAGAAUAGAUGUAAAAACACUUUGUAAACAAUGAAGUAUCUUAUAAAUGUUUUCAUUCAACAAAUACUUGCUGAGUGCCUGCUACCUGCUGAGCACUGUUCUUGGCACUGCAGACACAAGGAACAAGAAACAGACCAUGAUAGCUUUGUGUGCCACUCUAAGGCCAUGAGCUUUUGUUCUAAUGACAUGAGGAACCUAUAAAGGUUUUGAACAAAAUUACUGUCAUGUUCUGACUUGGGUUUUAAGAGGAUCUUUCUGGGGCUGUGAGUAGACUGUGGAGAUCAGUGAGAAAGCCACUGCAACAAUCUUGAAAGAUGACAGCAGCUUGCUGAAGGUUAUCGCAGUAGAGGUGAAAUCGGCUUGAUUCUGGACAUAUUUUGAAGAUAAAGCCAACAGAAUUUCAAUGGAUUGGAUUUGGGUUUUGCACGAAAAGGCAACAAUGACAUCAUUUGGGGCCUAUGCAACCGAAAAGCUGGAAUUACCAUUAUUUGCUGGGAUGAAAACUGUUGAAGUAAUAGGUUAGGUGAAUACAGUAAAUUCAUUCAAGGGUAUGUUAGGUUUGCAGUAUCCAUCCCACAUGCAAACAGUGCUGGGUAAUCAACUGGAUAUACAAAUCUGGAAUUCAAUAAUAAUCGUAUCUCAGGGUGGGACUGGAGUUACUAGGUCAGGAGUCUUCAGCACAUAUGGAUGGUAUCUGAAGUUACUGACUGGAGGAGUUGGCAGGGGAAUGAUGGUACUAGCAGAGAGGUCAGAUGACCCAGUACUGGCCAGCUUGGCUAAGGAGAAGGAUCCAGCAAGCGAGGAGAACCGGAGGAGUGUUGACUAUCACGCGACUGGGAAAAGACCUGUUCCAAUCCUUGAUCGUCCACCCAUAUACUGUAAAGUUGAUCAAACUUCUUCUAAACCUUGAUUUCGUGGUAUGUAGAAUGAGUAUGAUCAUUCUGAUAUAGGAAACUUUGAAAAACCUCUGUUUAACCUUUAUUUGCCCAGGCCCCAGGCGCCCUGGGGAGAAUGAUGGGGCUGUCUAGGAUAAGUAAACAACAGUGCAUUAGCUAGGACUGAGAUUAACACCCCUGCUUCUGUGUCCUUAGAGCCCUGGAACUGAAUAAUGGGAGCCUUUAACCUCUACCCCGUAAAUAGAACUAACUUCCGCAUUCCGCUUCUGUAUCCCGCCUUGCCACGUAGACAAGAAGACCCUAAUCUAUAAAAACCCCAGGAAUCCUUUGUUCAUUGCUCAGAAUUUGGAAAUGAUUCCUCUGAACCCAUGCAUGUAAAAUAAACCUCGUACUCCAAAA